UGGUUUCUGCCAAGAUGAACAACAUUAGAAAGGUCACGGGUUGUGGCUGACAACACUUGCCUAUCUGAGACCUUUACAGGUCAUGGAUGACAAAGUGACAAUAUAUAAGAAGAGGAAGAACAAGCGAAAGAGGAAAUAAUGGCAGCAGUCUCCUAUUAUCUCUCGCUUUCUGUCGUUGCGUAUCUCUGCAUCUUCUCAGUCUCUUCACUGUCAGAUCAUGAAAGCUUCCUCCGUUGCUUCUCCUCCCACGUUUCGCCCACCACCAACUUGUCUCAGCUCCUCUACCUCCCUAACAGCCCCGACUACUCCUCCCUCCUCUUUUCCUCCAUCCAAAACCUCCGGUUCGCAUCCUCUGAAACGCCAAAGCCCCUCCUCAUCGUCGCACCGGCCGACGAGUUCCAAGUCCAAGCAUCGGUCAUAUGCUGCAGGAGUCACGGGCUGCCGAUCCGAGCCCGGAGCGGGGGCCACGACUACGAAGGGUUGUCCUACCGAUCCGAGAAGGCCAGCAGCUUCGUGUUGCUCGAUCUAGAGAAGCUCCGUUCGGUGACCGUCGACGUCGAGCAUGGCGUGGCAUGGGUGGAGGCAGGUGCUACUCUCGGCGAACUGUACUACAAGGUUGCAGAGAAGAGCGGGCGUCUUGGGUUUCCGGCUGGUGUCUGCCCGACGGUCGCCGUCGGUGGCCACCUAAGCGGGGGCGGCUUCGGUCCUUUGUCGCGGAAGUAUGGCCUCGCAGCUGACAACAUUCUGGACUCCAAGAUGGUGGAUGCUGACGGCAGGAUCUUGGACAAGGAGUCCAUGGGCGAGAACCUCUUCUGGGCCAUAAGAGGCGGCGGAGGAGCCAGCUUUGGCAUCAUCAUCUCUUGGAAGGUGAAGCUCGUCCACGUUCCUGCCACUGUGAGCGUGUUCACCGUUCGCCGAACGAUGGAGCAGGGAGCGAUAGAGCUCGUUCACCGAUGGCAGAACACUGCUCACAAGCUCCACGAGGAUCUACUCCUCAGGGUUGACAUCGUCCACGUGAACAGAGGAGAUCGGAGGGUGGUGGAGGCGGCGUUCAAGUCCUUGUUUCUCGGGCACUGCGAUGGGCUGCUCCGACACAUGGGCGAGCACUUCCCGGCGCUGGGCGUGGAGAGGAAUGACUGCAGAGAGAUGAGCUGGAUCGACUCGGCAGUCUACGCCGCCGGCUACACGAACGGAGAACUUGCAGAGAUUCUGGUGAACAGGGAGCUGCAGCCGAAGGACUUCAACAAAGGCAAGUCCGACUACGUCACGGAGCCCAUCCCGGUGAGUGGAUGGGAAGCCAUUUGGGCGAGGCUCUCCGAGGAGGGAGCUACGGGUUCCAUGCACAUGGAUCCUUGGGGAGGGAGGAUGAGUGAGAUCUCGGAGUCGGACAUCCCAUUCCCACACAGGAAGGGGAAUCUCUUCAUCAUCCUCUACCUCUCAACAUGGAGAGAUGAAGGCGUCGCAGCGUCAACCAAGCAUCUGGGCUGGAUCAGGAGCAUGUUCCGCUUCAUGACUCCGUACGUCUCCAAACGCCCUCGAGCUGCGUAUCUCAACUACAGGGACCUCGACUUGGGAAGAAACGAGGAGGGCAAUGCGAGCUACCGGAAGGCCAUGGCGUGGGGUGAGAGGUACUUCAAGAACAACUUCCGAAGGCUGGCUAUGGUGAAGGGCGAGGUGGAUCCCCAUAACUUCUUCAGCAACGAGCAGAGCGUGCCGCCUCUUCUCGCUGAGACCGGCGAGAGGCCACAGAAGAUCUGCUCCACAAGCAUGUCGAUUUCAGAUCAGAGGUCACCAAUCAAGCACAUGCUGUGAUCUCGUCGUCGCCAAGCAAAUCUUGGUAUCUGUAAGGCCACAUUUUGGAAGCAAUCUUAAUGUUUUGUUUGAAGGAGAUAAAGACCACUAAAAAAUUCUUAAUUUUAAGCUUAUUUUUUAAUCUUAAAUUCCUAUCUUGUC